AUGGCAUUAGAAAUAGAUAUAGAUAAUGUAAUAUCAAAACUAAUAGAAGUUCGUGGAACUAGACCAGGAAAAAAUGUAAAUUUGACAGAAAAUGAAAUAAAAAUAUUAUGCUUAUCAAGUAGAGAAAUAUUUUUAAACCAACCAAUUUUAUUAGAAUUAGAAGCACCAAUAAAAAUAUGUGGAGAUAUCCAUGGACAGUUUUAUGAUUUGUUAAGGUUAUUUGAAUAUGGUGGAUUUCCACCCGAUGCAAAUUAUCUAUUUUUAGGUGAUUAUGUGGAUAGAGGGAAACAAAGUUUAGAAACCAUUUGUUUAUUAUUAGCAUAUAAAAUAAAAUAUCCUGAAAAUUUUUUUUUAUUAAGAGGUAAUCACGAAUGUGCUUCAAUAAAUAGAAUAUACGGAUUCUAUGAUGAAUGUAAAAGAAGAUAUAGUGUGAAGCUGUGGAAAACUUUUAUUGAUUGCUUUAACUGCUUACCUGUGGCAGCUAUAAUUGACGAAAAAAUUUUUUGUAUGCAUGGUGGUUUAUCACCUGAAUUAAAUAAUAUGGAACAAAUAAGGAAAAUAACAAGGCCUACUGAUGUUCCUGAUAAUGGUUUAUUAUGUGAUUUAUUGUGGUCUGAUCCAGAAAAAGAAAUUAAUGGUUGGGGGGAGAAUGAUCGAGGAGUUUCUUUUACUUUCGGUCAAGAUGUUGUUCAUAACUUUUUAAGAAAACAUGAAUUAGAUUUAAUAUGCAGGGCACAUCAGGUGGUGGAGGAUGGAUAUGAAUUUUUUGCAAAGAGGCAAUUAGUUACAUUAUUUUCUGCUCCUAAUUAUUGUGGAGAAUUUGAUAAUGCCGGUGCAAUGAUGAGUGUCGACGAGACAUUAAUGUGUUCGUUUCAAAUUUUAAAACCAGUGGAAAAAAAGAAAGCAGCCAAUUAA